CAACAAAUAUAUACAUUACAAAACUCGUAUUAUUAUUUUUUGCAUUGUUUUAGUAUUUUUAGUGUCCUGUUUUUUAACCAGUGAAUUAUUUAAGAUGACUGUUAUCAGUUGUUCUCGUUUUGUACGCCGGUUACCUACAAAUCCCAGAAUUCCACGCACCUCAGCAGAUGUACUUGAGCUCUUGCCACCCGGUUGUUCCGCGUGUUUUGUAGAAAUGCGGGCCUUUCAGUCGUUAUUCUUUUGCUUCAAGAUGAAUUACACCGUUGGGUGACUAUGUCGAUUACGGAGAAGAAAACGGUAACAUGAAAUGGAGAUCACUCGGGCCAGACCGUCUUUGUAUGGAGAAAUCGCUCACGGUCUUGGAUUCUGGACCGAGCGGUCAGCAGUGCAUGAGGCUGCUGCACAGGGCAGAGCCCUCCAGCUGCAGCAGCUGAUUGAGGGAGGUGCAGCAGUUAACACUGUGGCUGUGGACUCCAUCACCCCUCUGCAUGAGGCAUGUAUCCAGGGACAGACCCAAUGUGUUAGACUGCUGCUGAAGGCUGGUGCACAGGUAGAUGCUCGUAACAUUGAUGGUAGCACUCCUCUGUGUGACGCUUGUGCAGCUGGGAGCCUGGAAUGUGUCAAGCUUCUGUUGCAGUAUGGAGCAGCAGUUAAUCCUCCACUGUUUACCUUCUCACCUCUUCAUGAGGCAUGCAUGGGAGGUAACUUGCAAUGUGUUCAGCUCAUGAUUGAUCAAGGAGCUUUCAUGGAGGCCCAUGACUGCCACUAUGGGACCCCGCUUCAUGUAGCCUGUGCCAGGCAGCACUAUGACUGUGCCAAAGCUCUCCUCAAUGCAGGGGCAAAUGUGAAUGCUGCCAAACUACAUGAGACCGCCCUUCAUCAUGCAGCCAAAACAAAUAGCGUUGGCUUGAUUGAGCUACUUGUGGAGUUUGGAGGAAAUGUGUACGCCAGGGAUAACCUGAACAAAAAACCCAUCCACUACACGAGUCUGGGCUCUCCCCCUUAUCUUUGUCUUGAGUUCUAUGAAAAUACACCCCUCAGUCUGCAGCAGAUCAGCAGAGUGGCUGUGAGGAGGGUUCUCGGCACAAGGGCACAUGAAGUUGUUUCCAAACUGGGCUUGCCCAAUCGCAUCAUAACUUUUCUUUUUUACAUGCCACCUCCAAUUAUUGAAGUUUAAUCACAUAUGAGAAAUUUUAAGAAAAUUUAAGACGCUCCUCUUAGAUGGUUAAAUCUAAACCUGUUACACCUUCUGGAUCUGUGGUCUCUCUCUGCAAAGUCAUGUGACAGGAUGUUGACACUGGCAGAAGUACAGUACAGUACAGAUAAAGUGUGUAAACAUGACCAGACUAGUAGAGGAAAGGGAAGGGAAAUGUUUUUCAUUAGAUUAGUCAGACUGUUGCCCUAAGAAUUCUGUAAUUGGCUUUUUCACUUAAUGAGCAUUAAAAGUAUUGCUUAAGUCAUUUUAAAAUACAUAACACAUAAGACUUAGUUUCCCCACCAAGUGUGAUUAUAACUCCGGUAAUACUUCGUUGAUCUUUAAGGGAAUGUGACGUAGUUUGCAUAGGAUAGUAUUGUUGUAUGUAUUUGUUCUAUAUAUGUGUAUAUACUAUUU